CCCCAUGUUCCGCCAUGGCCGUUUCUCUUCUUCUUCUUCUUCUUCACCUUCUCUCUAUUCCUCCCAAGCCUCCAUUCUCAUGCUGACCCCCAAUCUGUAAUCGAUGCCUUUUCCCGAAGCUUCAAAGCCCUAAUUACUUACUGAAGGAAGGGGUCGGUUUCAUAUUCAUCGGGAUCCGAGAUGACGCUUGUAACCGGCGAUCGGUACCUGGAAUCACUGGUGAAGUUCGUGGAGAGCCAGGCCGAGCCGUUGAUCGAUGGCUCCCUUGUCCUCAAGCUCAACCCUAUCGGCCUUCACUACGUUCACUCCAGGCUCGAGGCGCUCGCCGAGUUGGAGGGCCUUCUCGCCGGCGCUCCGGUUGAUUACCUCCGCGCUUACGUCUCCGACCUCGGCGACUACCGCGCUCUCGAGCAGCUUCGUCGGAUUCUGUGCCGCAUCCCGUCGUUGAAAGUCGUAUCUGUGCUGCCGCCGCCGUCCAGGGACCCCUCCCCACUGUCGUUGCUGCCUUUCACGAGGCUGAAGGUUCUGGAGCUUAGAGGCUGCGAUCUGUCUACCUCUGCCGCCCGGGGACUUCUCGAGCUGAGACAUAGUUUGGAGAAAUUGAUCUGUCAUAAUUCAACCGACGCAUUGCGGCAUGUCUUUGCAAGUAGGAUUGCUGAUAUAAAGGCUUCGCGGCAGUGGAACCAUUUGUCAUUUGUUUCGUGUGCUUGCAAUGACUUGCUUCUCAUGGACGAGUCCUUGCAGCUCCUUCCUGUUGUUGAGACACUCGAUUUGAGUAGGAACAAGUUUGCCAAAGUUGAUAAUCUCCGGAAGUGCUCCAAAUUGAAGCUUUUAGACCUUGGCUUCAAUCACCUGAGAAGCAUAUCAUCAUUUGGUGAGGUUUCAUGUUCCAUUAUCAAUCUUGUUUUAAGGAACAAUACUUUGACUACAUUGCGCGGAAUCGAGAAUCUGAAGUCACUCGUAGGGCUUGAUAUAUCCAACAAUGUAAUCUCCAAUUUCUCAGAGAUAGAAGUCCUUGCCGAGCUCUCAUCCCUUCAAAACUUGUGGUUAGAAGGAAAUCCUAUUUGUUGUGCAAGUUGGUAUAGAGCCCACAUUUUCAGCUUUUUCCCCCAUCCACACCAAUUGCUCCUAGAUGAAGAAAAGCCCACCACUAGUGAUUUAUGGAAGCGGAAAGUAAUUAUUGCCAGUAGGCAGAAGCAGCCAGCUAGCUUUGGGUUCUAUGCACCAGCAAGAGAUAGUUCUGAACUUGGAGGCAUUAAUACAAAACGAAAGAAGGUAUCCCGAGUGGUUAGCAUUAAAAAUGAAGAAGACAUCACAUUCCUGUUAUCAGAUCAAGAUUCAGUAUCUUGUGAUAAUGACAUUCACAGCAAAGUGGAGAGUGUCAAUUCAGACCAAGAAUCUGAAAUUGUUGACUUAAUGAAUAGGAUUGAAAUUAUGAAGAAAAAGCGAUCUGAUCUCUGGUUGCAGGAGUUCACAGAUUGGAUGGAUUGUGACUCCAGCAAUUUCUUGGGCGGUAUUGAAGGUUCAGGGCCCAAUUUAAAUCAUGAAAGAGGUACACAAUGGAAGGAAAAUGUUAGCAUUAAGAAGCAAGGUGAGACCUCAAAAUAUUUGACUGAGUCCGGUCAAUUUUCUGCAGAUGUUAGUAAUUCAAACGAUCUACAACCUAAAACCUCUUUCGCAGAGACAUCCAUUGGUUUUAAUACAAAAAGGUACUCUAACCAUAUAGGUGAAGCAUCUUCAAACUAUUUUGCGGGACGCAGUGACACAAACUCGAUACAUAGUGCUAUGAACAUCAGGAAGGAUAAUGAAAAUCUCAAUUCUUUAAGUAAUGAAGUAAUUAUCUCCUCAAGUGCUAGAAUAUCUCCUUUCGAUUCUUUUGUAACCGCAGAGGGUGAUAAGAUGAGUGGCAAUAAGGAUAUUGCACCAAUUGCUGAAGCUAAUUCUUUCCUUGAUUCGUAUUCAUCCUUUGCUAGCAUUGGAUCACCUCCUCAUUACAAAGAAGAUAUUCUGCAUAGACGCCACAAUUUGGAAGAAGAAUUUUUGCAGCUUUCUACAGAAUCUCUUUCAGUAGCAUCUACUGACAGUGAUACAAGUUGUAGUGAAGAUGAUUCCGUUGAAUCUAAGCAGGUCUUAUCUCAUGUUGACCUGUCAGUUACUGGAAAUCAUACUGAAAGUAGUGAAGAAUGCUGUCUACCUAAAACAGAUAUUUCUUUGAAACAAAAUGAUAAGCAUACGUCAGACUCAUAUACUGAAGGAAAUUCAAGUUGUAUAGAAAUUCAAGGAGCAGAGUGCACCAGACAAGACGCUGAAGGAUUAGGUUUCCUGGCGCAAGAGGCCAAUUGGUUAGAUAACAGAAAGCCUAAAAGGAAACCUAAAAAGAGAAUGAUAUCACUACCUGAGGAAACUAAUAAAGAAGAUGAGAUUGAGCAACCAAAAAAUGAAAACGUAAACACUUGCAGAGGCGAUGAAGAUAGAAUUUAUGCCCUUGCCAAUUUUCAUAAUGCCUCUCUGGAGACUUGAGAAUUCAACUACUGCAAUAAAAGUGCUUGUCGAGGAUAAACCAUUCUCUGAGAAUUCAACUACAGCAAUCACAAAGAUAAACCAUUCUCUGAGAAGAAUCAAUAUCUAGUGGGGUAGAACAUUUUGUCGAGGAUUACUUCAAGACCAAUGUUUCACAAGCUGGAUCUAAUGAAACUACUCAGAGUAGGGUGCUCUUGUUUUGCUCACGAUGAAUCUAGUUGCAGUGAAAGGUCAUGGGAACCAUAUAGAGACCACCCCUUGAAGCUUUCUCUAUAACAUGCAGUACCAAACUUCAUUAUCUACAUUCAAUCAGGACCGUUGAUUGAGUAACUUCACGGAAUCCAAACCGAUAGAUGAAAUAGAGAAGGUUGUGUUUUUAGUUUUGUUGUUGAUACUUUUUUAGUUACCAUUCUUUGGGUACAUACUUAGCCCCCCAUCCCAGAUGUUUUGCCUUCUAUUCUUUAUUUGUUGGAACUUGAAGCUUGUGUACAGCUUAUAGUGAUUAGUGGGGGAUGAUGUUACAGUUUAUUUCAUUAGCAACCAUUAAGGCAAUGUUUAGAUGCAAUCAAUCAUGUAAAUAUAU